AUGUCUGGCAAAUCAGGCUCCAACUCCUUCACUCCCUACACCAUCACGAACACUGGCACCAACACCCAGGGAAACAACUGGGAUACUCGCACACAGCCAGGAGGUGCCGCAUACCAUUACUCUAACACCGAUGGAUCGUACUACUACUCCAACAGUGAUGGCAGCAAGUACUACAACAACGGCUCCGGAUACUCCAACUACACUCCGCCCAGCGGAAACACUACGAAGAAAUAG